AUGAAGUUCUACAUCGACAGCCUCCCCGUGCUGUUCCCAUACCCUCGGGUCUAUCCUGAGCAAUAUGCCUACAUGUGCGAUCUCAAGCGUACCUUGGACCAGGGCGGUCAUUGCGUCCUCGAAAUGCCCUCAGGCACGGGUAAAACCGUGUCAUUGCUCUCACUCAUCAUCGCGUAUCAGCAACACUAUCCUGAAAAACGGAAGCUGAUAUACUGCUCGCGUACCAUGUCUGAGAUUGAGAAGGCCUUGGCCGAGUUGAAGGCGUUGAUGAAGUAUCGUACCACCGAGCUAGGCUAUGAGGAGGAAUUUCGAGGUCUGGGAUUGACAAGUCGAAAGAACCUUUGUCUACACCCUUCAGUCAAGCGAGAAAAGAGUGGGACGGUAGUAGAUGCGCGAUGUCGCAGCUUGACGGCAGGCUUCGUCAAGGAGAAGAAAGAACGAGGCGAGGAUGUCGAGCUUUGCGUCUAUCACGAGAAUCUCGAUCUGUUAGAGCCACACAACCUCAUUCCGCCUGGCGUAUGGACCUUUGAUGGCAUAUUGAAGUAUGGUGAACAGCAAAAGCAAUGUCCUUACUUUACCGCAAGGCGAAUGAUGCCUUACUGCAACGUCAUCAUCUACUCGUACCAUUAUCUGUUAGACCCAAAGAUUGCAGAUCGAGUAUCCAAGGAGCUUUCCAAAGAUUGCAUAGUAGUCUUUGACGAAGCUCACAACAUCGACAAUGUGUGCAUCGAAUCCCUCAGCAUCGACCUGACAGAAGAUGUGUUGCGGAAAGCAACCAAGGGCGUCAAUAACCUUGAUCGAAAAAUCACAGAGAUGAAGAGCAGCGACGCAGAAAAGCUACAAAACGAAUACGCCAAAUUAGUGGAAGGUCUGCGGGCUGCUGAUGAGGCGCGUAAUGAAGAAGCUUUUAUGGCGAACCCUGCUCUUCCCGAUGAUCUUCUUACAGAAGCCGUACCCGGUAACAUACGGCGAGCCGAGCAUUUCGUCGCAUUUCUCAAGCGCUUCAUCGAGUAUCUCAAAACUCGAAUGAAGGUUCUCAACGUUGUCGCGGAUACCCCUCCAGAAUUCUUGAAGCAUCUCAAGGACUUGACGUUUAUCGAACGAAAACCGCUGCGGUUCUGCGCCGAGCGUCUAACCUCACUCGUCCGUACACUCGAACUUACAAAUAUCGAGGACUACCAACCCCUUCAAGAAGUCGCUACCUUCGCCACACUGGUAGCAACAUAUGAAACUGGCUUCCUACUGAUCAUCGAACCUUUCGAAUCAGCGACAGCCACCGUACCGAACCCCGUCUUACAUCUGACAUGUUUGGAUGCUGCAAUAGCUAUCAAACCCGUCUUUGAGCGCUUCUACUCCGUCAUCGUUACUUCCGGAACAAUGUCACCCCUGGACAUGUACCCGCGCAUGCUCAACUUCAAUACCGUUGUACAAGAGUCUUUCACAAUGACACUGACACGAAAGUCUUUCCUUCCUAUGAUUGUCGAUCGCGGAAACGACCAGAAUCAAGUCACAUCACAGUUUGAGCACCGCAACGACUUGCAAGUACAGCGAAACUUUGGUAACCUGCUCAUUGAAUUCUGCAAGUUGACUCCUGAUGGAGUUGUCGUCUUUUUCCCAUCCUAUCUCUACAUGGAAAGCAUCAUCUCCGCAUGGCAAGGCAUGGAAAUCCUCGACACAGUCUGGAAAUACAAACUCAUCCUCGUCGAAACGCCCGACGCCCAAGAAACCGCCCUCGCACUCGAAACCUUCCGCACAGCCUGCAACAACGGCCGCGGCGCCGUCCUCCUCUGUGUCGCUCGAGGCAAAGUAAGCGAAGGCAUCGAUUUUGACCACCACUACGGCCGCACUGUGCUCUGCAUGGGCGUACCCUACCAAUACACCGAGUCCCGAAUCCUCAAAGCGCGCUUGGAGUUCCUCCGCGAAACAUAUCGCAUCAAGGAAGCAGACUUCCUCUCCUUCGACGCCAUGCGCCACGCCGCCCAGUGCCUCGGUCGUGUCAUCCGCGGCAAAGACGACUACGGAAUCAUGGUCCUGGCGGAUAAGCGCUUCAACAAGAAACAAACGCAACUCCCCAAAUGGAUCCAACAGGGCCUCGACGCCAAAAACACGAAACUCUCAAUCGACCAGGCUGUGGGUAUGGCCAAGAAUUUUCUCAAGGAAAUGAGCGUGCCGUGGAGUAGGGCUGAGCAAGAAGGUCAUUCGUCGUGGAGUCUGGAGGAUCUCGAGGCGCAUCAGAGGAAGAAGGCGGCGCAUGGGAUUAGUGGGACUGAUAACCCGGCUAUGCGGGCGUUAGAGGGGCGGGCUGAGGUGGAACGCAUGGAUGUUGAUGGUGAGGAGGGGGAUGAAUAUGGAGGCAGGGCUGAUGUUGAUGCUGAGAUGGCAGGAUUGGCUGAUGGAUAG